GCGGUGCAUAACGGAUAAAAGAAACGAUAUUCAAACAGUGGUGUUACAUAUUAAAUUGUGUUUUUAGUGCAACCAGGGCUUAGUGCAUUAAAUAAGCCAACUAUUAGAGAAAAGAAAUGCGGUGUUCACCGGGUGAAAAAGCAAUAAAAAAAGAGAUUACAACAAACCGGAAAAUAGCAGAAAGUCUGGAUUGGCCAUGCACAACAACAGUCAAGGUCGGUCGUCCAUUUUCCGGCCAUCGUAAAAGUCACAUGAAAAAAAUUGUCGCAAUGCCUUACAAUGUCGUAUGGAGACUGCGACUACCACAUCAAAGUUGUCGGUUCAGUUUGGCUAUCCAAUUGUUUCUUUUAAUAGAGGCGAUUGUCUUUGGAAUAGAUGCCUAUGCUCAACACAAUCAUACACAGCGUAGCCUUACCAAUAAUAUUGAGUGUCUCGAGGAUAUAGCCCGCUUCUACAGAGAUCCAAACCGACCGGUUCACAAAAUAUGGACUAGCUCGGAAUGUUCUAAAUACUAUUUGUGCCUGGAGGGAGAAGUAUUCAACUUCAAAUGUUCUGAAGGCCUCUUGUUUGAUGUAGUGAGACAAAUAUGUGAUUUUAAACAAAAUGUGGAUAAUUGCGAUGUGACAGCAGAAACACCAGCUCCAAAGCCUUUGCUAGACGAAGCCGACUGUCCCGACAAUCAGUGGGCUUGCGGUGAUGCUACUUGUUUGCCUAAUGAAUACUUUUGUGAUGGUUCUGUGGAUUGUCCCGAUGAAUCGGAUGAAGGAUGGUGCGAUGCAGAUAAUGACCCAAAUGCUGCCGAAUUAUGCGACCCCAAACACUGUAAACUGCCAGACUGUUUCUGUUCCAAGGAUGGUACAAUAAUACCCGGACGCCUGGAACCUCAUAUGGUACCGCAAAUGAUACUUUUAACAUUUGAUGAUGCGGUCAAUUUUGAGAAUUGGGAAUUAUUCACCAAAGUUUUGUUUAGUGGUCAACGUCGGAAUCCCAAUGGUUGUCCCAUAAAGGCGACCUUCUUUGUUUCGCAUCCAUAUACAAAUUACCAAUACAUUCAGAAAUUAUGGAAUGAUGGACACGAGAUAGCGGUACAUUCAGUUACACAUCGCGGUCCCGAGAUGUGGUGGUCUCAUAAUGCAACCAUUGAAGAUUGGUUCGAUGAAAUGGUGGGUCAAGCUAAUAUAUUAAAUCGGUUUGCCAGCGUUCGAAUGGAGGAGAUACGUGGUAUGCGUGUGCCAUUUUUACGCGUUGGAUGGAAUCGACAAUUUCUUAUGAUGAAAGAGUUUGGGUUUGCCUACGACUCGUCAAUGGUUGCUCCCUUCUCAAAUCCUCCUUUAUGGCCAUAUACAAUGGAUUACAAAAUGCCACACGUUUGCAUGGGCAACAAACAAAACUGUCCCUCACGUAGCUAUCCAGGAAUAUGGGAGAUGGUUCUAAAUCAGCUAGAGGCUGGUGACUACACCUGUGCAAUGAUUGAUAGUUGCCCGCCCCAUCUAAACGGAGAAGAUAUUUAUCGAAUGUUGACACAUAAUUUUAAAAGGCAUUAUCUAUCGAAUAGAGCUCCUUUGGGACUGUAUUUUCAUGCAGCUUGGUUCAAGAAGUCAGAGUAUUUAAAUGCUUUCAUGAAAUUUGUCGAUGACUUACAGAAGCUUCCCGAUGUUUACUUUGUGACCAACCAAGAGGCCAUACAAUGGAUGCGUAAUCCCACAUCCAACAAUCUUCUAUAUCAAUUUGAACCUUGGUCAUGCAAAGCCAAAAAGCAUUUGGAACCCAACGAAAAAGUAUGCAAUCAUCCUAAUAUUUGUAAAUUAAGAAGUAGAGUGCUACAGCAAGAUCGUUAUUUAUACACCUGCAAGGAGUGUCCUCCACAAUAUCCGUGGAUACGCAAUGAGUUUGGUUUGGACUAACUCUCAGCCAUGCUUCAUAUCCAUCUUUGUUUGUAUUCUUAAGACUUGCU